AUGAUAUGGUAUAGUUACAACAUCGACUGGGAAUAUAUUCAUUCAUCAUUGUCACCCACACGUCGAGAGCUAUACAGCUAUACAAUUAUGACUACUACGGUUGCCGUUGCUGGUGGAACUAAAGGUCUUGGCCUGACCAUUGCAGAAGCAUUGGUCGUCCAUGGCAAGCACAAUGUGGUCAUAUUCGGUCGAAAGAGAACCCCUGGUCUAGACGAGAAGCUACCGGCUCGUCUGGUUGUUGUUGAUUACGAAAAUAUCCAAAACCUAACAGAGGCUCUCGAAUCCAACAAAGUGAGCGACGUGAUCUGUACCGUCAACGCACAUGGGAGCUCUUUAUCGGAAAGGAACCUCAUUCACGCGGCGGAGAACUCGUCUACGACGAAGCGAUUCAUCCCCAGCAUCUUUGCCGGCUUCGCAUAUCCAGUCAAGUAUCCCGAAGUCGCCAAAUCCAAAACAGAGGUGCUAGAGGAGCUGGCGAAAACAUCUCUAAUGCACACUGCUAUCUACAACGGCAUGUUUAUGGAUUUCUACGGGUCCCCUCUGCUCAAAUCCAACGUCGGCCCCUUUCCGAUGUUUGUUGAUAUCGCCAGCAAGAUGGCAGCCAAACCCGGAUUAGGAGAUGAAGCCAUUGUGCUUACCCGUGUUCUGGACAUUGCGAGAUUUGUUGUCCGCAUCCUGGAUCUUGCCGAAUGGCCCAAGGAGAGCUAUAUCAUAGGUGACCGGGUAACCUUCCAUGAGUUUGUUAAUAUGGCCGAAGAGGUGAGAGGUGGGUGCCGUGUCUUAGUAUUGGGAAUAUACCAUAACUUAUCUAACGAGUCUCUGUCAGGUACCAAGUUCCAAGUGACCUGUGACUCUAAGGAAGAGUUAGAGGCAGGAAAGAUCACGGAAUUGCCUUGCUACUCGGCCACCUUUGCGGCAGUGGGUAAAGAACUGACCAAGCAACUAUACGCUCAAAAUGGGUUAUGGAUCAUUGGAAAAGAGCUCGACCUCAGACCUGCCAGUACUCUCAAUGAAAUUUUCCGGACAUUAAGCCUAUGA